UUAUACGUCUGGGUGUUAUUAUUUUGUUAGGGGUAUACGUCUGGGUGUUAUUACUUUGUUAGGGGUAACAACACUAAAUUUGGUCGGAAAAUAAAGAAAAUGAAACAAUACUAUUUGAUCGUGUUAGUAUUACUAAUAAAUUUAACUAUUGGUAACUGUAAUGACUGUGAAGAAGAUGGUUCGGUUAUGAUUGAGACUACACGACGAACUGAUGAACUAGACGAAUUACCAACUGAGCCCACUACUGUUGCAGAUGAAGAACCAGCUGAGUCCACCACUAUUUCAGAUGAAGAAACAACUAAGUCUACCACAGUUGCUGAUGAAGAAACAACUGAGUCUACCACAGUUGCUGAAGAAGAAACAACUGACUCCACAACCGUUGCAGAUGAAGAAACAACUGAGUCCACCACCGUUGCAGAUGAAGAAACAACUGUGUCCGUUACAGUUACGGAGAAAACGACUACAAUUGAAGCAACAACAACAAAACCAGUAACUGCCCCCAAAAAAAAGAAGCAAAUUAAAAUUUGCUAAAACUAAGUGUGUCUUGCAUUUUGAAAGGGUCUGACCUUAUAGAUCUUAAUCAGCAGUUGCAACUUUAAAUUCAAAUUUAGAUAAUAUUACCAAUCACCGUCUAUACUUAGCGAUAGUUUAAAAUUAAUAAGAAAAAAGUCCACAAUUGUUUUAGUUUAAUCUAGAUUUCAUCACUGGUCCUCUGCCCAAUAGAUGCUUGUUCAAGUAUGUUUAAACAUGUUAUUUUCAUACAUAAAUAAAAGCCUUUUAAAAGGACUUUUAUGCAGACAUUUAUUUCCUUGUUUUCGGUUUUAUUGUAUUUCCAUAAAAAAAACGAAAAGGAAAGAAAAAAAAAUAAAAAAAAAACGCCAAAAUAUGUUAACUGGCUGUCCAAUAAAAUUUUUUCAUAUACAAAUGAAAAAUAAAAGGGUGUAUGUUUUAAGCGUUAGAACUUUUGAAAUUAAAAAUUUUAAAUAAAUAAACAAAAUUUUUAAAAUAGCAAAUAAA